AUGGCCGGAAAACCCAUUACUGAUGUCGUCGGCGUUGCAAAGAAAUAUACCCAACAGAGCGUCGGCAUCUGGGAGACCAUCCGCAAAUUGUUUUCCGUCGACCCCAACCGCAGCAACGGUGUUCCCGUAAAACAUUUCCGCAACCCGACCCCCGGUGGUCUCGACCCGAAGUCAUACGAUGACGCCGUUACCACUCCGGCCGCCGACAUCGCGGACAACCCGUAUUGGAAGAGAGAUGUUCGAAGGGCUUAUCCAAAACUGAGCACGGUCACACAAGGCGAUGUGGUGGGGCUCUUGACGGUGGGGAGUGCGGCGAACCCGAGCCCCAAGUUGUUGGCUGGUGAGGAGGGUAGCAAGCAGUUGGUGACCGUGAAGCAGGAAGGGGAGAAGGGCCUUGCGACAUAUUUCGAUCACGAAAAGGCCACGGCGGUGCUGGGGGAGAAUGGUCUGCCCCCUCGACCGGUGGCUCACGGAUACAAGAAGGACGUCAAGUAUGCGAUCGGGCCAACGAGCUAUGGAGAUGCUUAUCCGUGCCGAAGCUUUGUCUAG